UUUCCGCUUCCGGCGCGGGGCCCCGCCCCCUCUGCCCCUCGCGGCGUCGCUGGAGGAAGAGGAGGAGGAAGAGGAGGAGGAAGAGGAAGAGCUGCGCCACAGGCGGGGGCGGAUGGGAACGCCCCCCCGCAGGAUGGCGGAAGGCUGGGCCGAGUGCCCGGCGCUGGGCCCGGGAUGGCAGCGCCGCGAAGCUUUUCGGAAAUCCGGGGCCACCAGUGGCCGCAGCGACACCUACUACAGGAGCCCCACAGGGCAGAAGUUCCGCAGUAAGAUCGAGCUGCGGCGGUUCCUGGGGCCCGGGCACGACCUGAGCAACUUCGACUUCAAAUCGGGGCUGCAGCGACCUGGCCCCACCCGGACCAGGAAGAGCCCCAAAUGGCACCUGCCCUCCGGGCGCCUCCCAGAGCCCCCCAAAAUCUUCAAACAGGAGGAGGCGGAGGUGGAGGUGGAGGUGGAGGCCACGCCUCCUUCAGUCGAGGCCACGCCCUCUUCAUCUGUGGUCACGCCCCUUCCGGAGCCACCCCAUCGCAGGACUCGGAAGCGGCCGCCCCUGGAGCCCCCCCAGGAUGGGGUGAUGGCGCUUUGUGCUGGCUGCCAGAGCCUCUUCCCAGGGGUGUCCCUGCCCCCCCAGCGCCGCUGCCGCUGGCUGUGCCCCGACUGCCGUGCCCAGAGACGAGACUUCAACCGUGAGCAGCGAUUCUACAAGCGGGUGGGCUGUGGCACGUGCCAGGCCUGUCGCAUCCCCGAGGACUGCGGCAUCUGCAGCGCCUGUGCCCGCAACCCCCCCGGGGGCCCCUCCGGGCCCGGCCGGACCCCCAAGUGCCUCCUGCGCCGCUGCCUGCGCAUCGUCAAGAAGGGCCUGGGCUGCGGCUCCUGCGCCGGCUGCCUGAGCACCGAGGACUGCGGCAGCUGCUGCAUCUGCCUGCGGCGCCUGCAGCCCGGCCUCAAGCGCCAGUGGCGCUGCCUGCGGCGCCGCUGCCUGCGCCCCAAGAAAGCCAGGGUGGCCAAGAAGCCUCAGAGCCCCCGGCCCCUGACCGAGAAGUGGAAGCCUCUCGUGGAGCGGGAGCCCAGCGACGCCUCCAGCGCCAGGCACAGAAAGCUGCUGACCAAUGGCAAGGAGAAGAAGAAGCCGGGGCGACCCCCGAAGGCCCCUGGGCCCCGCGGGCGGGGGGUGCGGAGCCGGGCCAGCCGGCGCUGCGGGGUGUGCGCAGCCUGCCGGCGCCCGGCCGACUGCGGCCGCUGCGACUUCUGCCGGGACAAGCCCAAAUUCGGGGGGCAGAACCUCAAGCGCCAGAAGUGCCGCUGGAGGCAGUGCCUGCGCUGUGCCAUGGAGAAGGAGGAGCCUCUGGGGGGUGCUGAGAACGGUUCCAGGCCCCUCCCGGGCCCCCCCCUGCGCCUCUGCCCCAUCAAGGAGGAAACAGGACCCCUCCCCCGCCUCGAGGUGAGACCCCCCGGCUGCCUGGGACCCUCCCUGGACACCUGGGACCCCCCCGUGACCCCCCCUGCCCCCCAGGACCCUCGCCUGGGGCUCCUCAUCGCCUCGGCCCCCCGCCUCAAAGGGGCCCCCCCGGAGCCCAGCGUCGCUCCCCAAAGGCCCCCCCCGGGGGAUUUGGGGGUCCUGAUCGCCGCCACCCCCCCGCGUGAAGCAGGAGCAGCCCCAGCCCAGUGCGUCCCUGGUGCCGGUAAGGGGGGGAACCCUGGGCCCUUCCCGCUGCCCCCCGCUCCCCAGCUCUGGCCCGGCUCCUUCCUGGAGGAACUGGCCGAGAUCCCCCUCCCGGCUCACUGGGGGGUCGUGGGGGCUGACGGUGGUCCCGGGCCGUGCCCGGCGCGGGGGCUGCGCCUCGUGCAGCGCUGCCCCCGCUCCUCCAUGGCCGCGGCCGCCGUGCUGCUCAACCCGGGCUUGGCCUUCCGCGUCCUGGUGGCCCGCGGCCGCCCGGUGCCCCCCGGGCACGAGGUGCUGGCCCGGCGCCCCCCCCUGCGCUCCGUGCUGGACCUGGUGGAGCUGCUCUGCGACCUCGAGGCCUACGGGCCCUGCCCGGGACCCCCGGGACCCCUGGCCCGGCCCCCUGCCCCCCGCUGCCAUGUCCUGGUGAGGGGGGGGAGGUGCUGCCGGCCCUGCCAGAUGCUGGCGGGGGAGGGGCAUUGAGGGAA